AAUGAUUGUUUACAACGCAGCGGCGUCAACGAAGCGUGAAAAAAAGAGUAACAACGGCGGUAAACAUUACAGUCCAGUGAGGGCCUUGUCACAGAUACAUUUCGGAAUAUAUACGUGAAAACAAGGGACUGUCAAUAACAAACUGUCAGGGAUUUACAAGGGACAGUCGAUCAGUGUCAACCGUUAGACGGAAAUCAAUGUAUCUGAAGCGGCAAAUCUCUGGCUAUUAACCAGCUUUAAAUGUGCAUGCAGGGACACAACUGAUCGAGGCGAUCUGCUGCGCGAGGCGUCACACUGGCUGUGGAAAAUUAUUCGUAUUUCAUUAUUGUGCAUGGACAAUAUAUGUCGGCAACAAAUGCAUAGUCACAACUCCAGAUCAUAAACGCUAUACAUAUAUGUAUAUGCGCACAGAAAAUCAACUGUGAAACGAAAUCUAAGAAGAAAAUCGUAAAUCCGGAUUUUUUAGCCAGAAAAGUGUAACAACCAAAUAUACACGAUUGAACAGAUCAGAACAGAACAAUCCAUAUCUUUCACUGUCAGUUGAACAGCAACCUCAGCCGAAGGUUCCAUCUCCCAGUUCAUCGCCAUGUUUAACGCCAACCCCUCACUCAUCACUGCAACCCCUCGUUACCAUGUUCCUUCUCCUCGUCCUCGCAGCGCCUACCAUGACAGCUGCAUCCCCAAAGAUAAGCAGCUGGCCGCCCCUGCAGCGUCCAGCCGCAACUACAGCGAGGGGGACUUCCGCAAGUGUGACAAGGUGACGCAGGAUACAAUCUGGAAGGAGGGUGUCUCGUCCGAGAAACGUUGUCUCAAAAACUGGGAAGAUAACUGGGGUUUCCUCACCGAAUUCGAUGCUAAGGGUCAGCCCAAAGAGAAGGAGGAGACUCCCGAAAAUCUAACCAUCUUUUCCGAUGAAAUACCUAAUACGAAUUCCGGUAACUAUGGCAACCGUAUAGCCUCAGAUGUCGGCCAUGCUAUGCAAAAGAUGGAACAUAAGUUUUACAGUGACAACAGAAGAAAACGGAAGGAGGAACUUAUAUGCUACUAAACAUAGAACUCUCGGCACACUUCGGUAAUAUCCGGAUACCUUGCAUCGAAAAUGGAUGAUUUGCCAACAGGAUGGCAGAUGCUUCUGAAGUGUGAUACAUUUUCAAAGUGAUAAUACAACUUGUACAAGAUGUCCACAACUGGACAGCUCAGUACUUAAUAAUGCUCCGUCCAAAAAUAUAGCAUGACAUUAAGUUCAACAGAUACGUAAGGGGACACACUGUGAACGUCGAGUGCUUAACAUCCAGGGGCCCGUUUCACAAAGCGAUCGUAGCUGUACGACUGUCGUAUGUCUGUGAUAGUAUAGUACUUGCGGCAGUUGAAGCGCAAGGACUGCUUUGUGAAAGAGGGCCCUGGAGUUUUGGACCUGAAAACGAGGCGCGCCAUCUGAUAUGCUAACUUUCAUAACCUGCCUUGUCAAAGCAUAUUUGCAGAUAAAUCUACUUUCUCCAAAGUUACCUUAUCAUCAAUUUACUACACCGUUAUUGUUGACUCAGAGAGUAGGAAUUAGUGUGCAAAUUUAACAUGCUAUUUACUAAUGUAGACAUUUUUGUGAACAUUGUUAGUACAUUUUAUGAAAUUGUUUUCCGUUGUUGCGUUCUGUUCAUUAUUUUACUUGUUUACGAGUUAAUACAAUAGUAGUCUAUUUCCUGACACCUAAUUCAUUGCUAUAAAUUUGGAAGAGCAGAUUUAUUCUUAACGUUCACAUGUUAAUUCGAAAAACGUGAUUUUAUAAAAUGAUAUGUCAACGUUAAGGCAUGCGAUGAUAAGAACGCCAAAUAACCAUGCGCGCAUCAGUCUUGUCUGUGUGGUGGCGUACCAGAAAUUCUGUCUCAACGAAUACCCGUAACCAAGAUAUUUUACUGUGUAUAUAGUCUUGUAUGUUCUGUAUUCAGUGUAUAUUGUACAGUUUGAUUUAUGUUUGUACAUUAAUUUAUGAAAGAUUUCAACAAAGCACAUUGCAGCUGUUUGUUUUAUGCUUUUUGAAUAUUUUGUUUAAUGUUAUAUUUUGUUCAGCGUUUAUUUUUAAUAAUAAAUAUGAGUAAAACCAAAUUUCAAACAUCAACCUUGAAAAUUAUCUAGAAGUCAUAUUUUUUAGAACUGAAUGGUCAAAUGAAUAAAUUGAAAAUUCUCAAAUUA